AUGUUGCGUACAAUUGGAACCAAAGCUUCCGGAAUCACCUUCAGGGGUGUUAGAUUCCAGUCCACCAACCCAACUGUGAAAAAGUCAAAACCUUUGAGAAAGUUCUUGUUCCGAUUGGGUCUUUUGACUGGUGUGUUUUAUGCCGGAGGUGUCGCUGUGUCGUUGAAAAACGAUAUUGUUCAGGAUGCUUUCAUAGAACAUGUCCCGCUGGGUGAGGCUCUGUUGGACUUCACCGAAUAUUACGUGAAUCAUCCAGAGGAGCUAUCUUUCAGUAGCACCAAGCAAAAGCUUCAGAACUUCGAUAAGACUGUUUUGAUCCCAAAGCGAGGUGUUCAGUCUGCUAAAGUAGAAGAUGUAGAACACAUCAAAAAUGUCACCAGGGGAUCUGCUGACGAGUCAGUCAGUCUUAGCAAGACUAUUUACAGCAAUCUUAACUUGCCUUCUAUUGAUUUGGAAUUCAAAGACGAAGUUUUGCAAUCUAGUGUUGAACACUUGAACCAUCUAAUUGAUACUAUCAGAACUCAAGUUAACACUGUUGAUCUAUUACCCCAAGUUGAGCAAUUAAAGAGUUCUAUCAAGGAAUUGGGCUCAAAGUAUAACUCCUUUGUGACCGACCGAAACACUGCUGUGGAAGAGGCACUAGCAAAACUGGACGAUGAACUGAAGACAAAAUAUCAGAAUAAAGAGUUGGCACUUACUGACAAGUACAUUUCUGAUCUUCAAGAGACAAAAAGACAGAUCGAGCUCAAGCAUGACCAAAUUUUGGCCAAAGAGCUUGACACUGCUCAGCGCCGUAUUCUCUUGGAAGCCGAAAACAUUAUAGUACAGGCUAGAAUUAAUACCCUUUCGGAGUUCGAGUCGAUCAUUAGUGAUAAAAUUGACAACGAGAGAAAUGGCAAGCUUAAAAACUUGGAUGCACUGGCUAAAAGAGUAGAGGAGCUAGAGAAUGUACAGAUCAAGCUUUUCGACAACAUAUCAAAUGCCGAGAAGUUAACCAAUUUGAAGAAAACAGUUUCCAAAAUCAACCGCCUGCUAAUUUCAUCCAACGAUGGCGUUGAUGCAAAGACAUUAAUCAACGAGGUGAACAAGUUUAAGACUUAUAGCAAGGACCUCAAUAACGAGUUAAUCAGCUCUGUUUUGUUGAACUUACCUAAUGAUAAAGCUCUAUCCAAUGGAGUGUUAUCUCAGGCGCAGCUGCUUGCCAGGUGGGAUCUUUUGACACCGGAGUUGAGAUCUGCUUCCUUGCUUCCUCCUAAUGCCGGUAUUCUUGGCCAUUUAUCCUCCAAGCUGUUUAGUUUCUUUCUGUUGGGCAAAUCUGGCACCCCAACCUCUGGAAAUGACAUCGAAUCCGUCAUUUCCAGAGUGCAUGAUAAUUUGUUAAAAAACAGAUUAGAUGACGCUUUGGAAGAAGUUAGUAGUCUCAAAGGCUGGUCUAGAAAGCUCUCUGAAGAUUGGAUUGUGGAAGCUAGAAAGAAGCUAGAGUUGCAGGUACUAGUUGGUGUCCUGGAAAACGAAGUAAGUUUGUUGUAG